AUGUCUACUGAAAAAGUGUCUUUUUUGCUCAACUGGCAAGCUACCCCUUACCACAUCCCCGUUUACCUCGCCCAAUUGAAGGGCUACUUCAAGGAGGAAAACGUGGAUGUGUCUGUAUUGGAACCUUCUAACCCUUCUGACGUUACCGAGUUGAUUGGCUCUGGUAAGGUCGAUAUGGGCCUUAAAGCUAUGGUUCACACCUUGGCUGCCAAGGCUCGUGGCUUCCCCGUCACUUCCGUUGGUUCCUUGUUGGACGAGCCAUUCACUGGUAUUUUGUACUUGGAAGGUUCUGGUAUCACCGAGGACUUUACCUCUUUGAAGGGUAAGAGAAUUGGGUAUGUUGGAGAGUUUGGCAAGAUCCAGGUUGACGAAUUGACCAAGCACUACGGCAUGACCCCAGACGACUACACCGCCGUCAGAUGUGGUAUGAACGUCGCCAAGUACAUCAUCGAGGGUAAGAUCGAUGCUGGUAUUGGUAUCGAGUGUAUCCAGCAGGUCGAGUUGGAAGAGUACCUCAAGGAGUCAGGCCGGUCCGCCUCCGAGGCCAAGAUGCUCAGAAUCGACCAGUUGGCUGAGUUGGGCUGCUGCUGCUUCUGCACCAUUCUCUACAUCUGUAACGAUACCUUCUUGAAGGAGAACCCAGAGAAGGUCAAGAGAAUCAUGAAGGCGCUCAAGAAGUCUACCGACUACAUGCUUGCCAACCCGAAGGAGGCCUGGGACUUGUACUGUGACUUCAAGCCACAAAUGACGUCCAAGGUCAACGGUAAGAUGUUCGAGAGAUGUUUCGCCUACUUCUCUGACUCCUUGUACAAUGUGCACAGAGACUGGAGAAAGGUCAAUGCCUACGGCAAGAGAUUGGACAUUUUGCCAGCUGACUACCAGCCAAACUACUCCAACGAGUACCUUUCUUGGGACGAGCCAGAGGAGGUUGCCGACCCAUUGGAGGCUCAGAAGUUGAUUGGCAAGAUCCAGGAAGAGUGCAAGGCCUGUGGUGGAUACAGAAGAUUGGAGUCUGCCGUUGUCGGUGCUUCCGCUUAA